CAACGCAAAAUGAUCCUCACAACCUGCGCCGCCUGCGCCGCCCCACUGGCCCACAACGCGCCGCGAUGUGUGAGAUGUAAAUUACGCUAUUUACAUUUGUUUGGGUCAGCUUCUUGGGAGGUCGAAACCCCUAUCGCCAGCUUAAGACCCACCCUCUGGUUCGCACCUUGCCCGUCCUCCGGAGAGCGGCUAGGCGGUCCCCCUCAAGAGCACCCCAAAAGAGGAAUUUAAUACAGCACCACGGCCAGCCCCGGCGGGAGAAAGGAAGUUCAUAACACCGGAAAGAACCUGAGAGAGGCAGCGUCGCAACCUGGUCCUGCGCGCGCGGGGUUGGGCGGGGAGGGGCUGGUGGGUGAGAGCGCGUUGGCCAUGGCAACCCGAAUUUUGUGCUUUUAUCUAUUUGUUGCCUUCGGCAUAUAAGUCCCGGACGUAACACGUUCUCCGGUUCCUGAGGAAGUAGAGAAACGUAUUCGCCACGAGAACCUUUGAAGAUGAACUUGUUCAGGACGGCAGGAAAUGGCGGCGCGGCGCGUCUGACAACGCCUCGCAUUCGAGACUUGCUCCGCAAGCCCACACGGCAAGCGGCAUCCGACCUCCAGCCAUACGCCUAGGCGAAGCUGACAACGUCCCGCAUUCGCGACUUGCUCCGAAGGUCCAUAUGACCGACGGCGUCCGCAUAUCUCAGCCUAAACCAUCCCUAAGAGCAUGGAGCACGGACGGCGCACGGACGGCAGCUAACGGGGUGUAAACGAAGAAAUCCGAGCAGCAAACGCGUUGGUAUCAGAGGCUUCGAGCGUGGCGGAACCACCAGGCUAGGAGCCCGGGUAUGCGCGUCGUUCGUCGCCAAGAGCGUCAAGAUAUUUACAUUUGUUUGGGUCAGCUUCUUGGGAGGUCGAAACCCCUAUCGCCAGCUUAAGACCCACCCUCUGGUUCGCACCUUGCCCGUCCUCCGGAGAGCGGCUAGGCGGUCCCCCUCAAGAGCACCCCAAAAGAGGAAUUUAAUACAGCACCACGGCCAGCCCCGGCGGGAGAAAGGAAGUUCAUAACACCGGAAAGAACCUGAGAGAGGCAGCGUCGCAACCUGGUCCUGCGCGCGCGGGGUUGGGCGGGGAGGGGCUGGUGGGUGAGAGCGCGUUGGCCAUGGCAACCCGAAUUUUGUGCUUUUAUCUAUUACGCUAUUGUGACUCGACCUGCCAGCAUGACCACUGGCGCCGCGGCCACAAGCAGAUGUGUAAGAAAAUACACCGCGGCGGCAACGCAGAACAGUAUAAUGCAGACAAAAAAUACAAGGAGGCCGUCGCGGUCGCGGUCGAGGCGUGCGCGGCCGACACGAAGGGGCAGAAAUGCUACAUCUGUCUCGAGGCCGUGCAUGCGCGCACCGGGGAAGGCCUCGUGCGUGGAUGC